UGGAGUUGGUCAAUUUCCAAGUCAAUGGAGUUCCCUGUAUUUAAUGCUCUCCUGCAUCCCCACUUCUCUACACUCGCUUCCUUCCUGCUCCUCUACUCACUUCUUCUUCCUACAAACCAUCCACCCCGAAGCUUUUCGUCAAAUACAUGGCCAAUUGCACCCAUCGGGAUCUAUGGCCGGUUGGAUUCCGAUUCCAUCCAACAGACGACGAGCUAAUUAAUCACUACCUGAAGAACAAGAUGCUUGGUAAGGAAUCGCUUGUUCAAUACAUCCCUCAAGUUGAUAUCUGCAAGUAUGAUCCAUGGGAACUCCCCAGCCUAUCAAACGGCGAUACUGGUGAGCAGCAGUGGUUUUUCUUCUCUGCGCAAGAUUUCAAGUAUUCCAAUGGCCGUCGAUCCAAUAGGACCACAGGAACCGGCUACUGGAAAUCCACGGGCAAGGACCGCAAAAUCAUGGCUCCAGGAACCAAGACGUUGAUUGGUACCAAAAAAACUCUGGUCUUCCACCGCGGCCGGGUUUUAAAUGGGAUCAGGACUAAUUGGGUCAUACAUGAGUACCAUCUUCACUCGGACGCCAACUUCACGAACCUGAGGUCGUUCGUUAUUUGUCGCCUAAAGAGAAAGUCAGACGAGAAUGAUGUUUUGAUAUGUAAUGAAGCUGAAUCAAACGGUAUUGUGAAUUCCACCUUCAAAAAUGUGCAAAGCACAAUGGACGAAAUCCAAGAGAUUUUAGGAAAUGGAGAGUCAUUGUUUCAACCGGACCUCCAGGUUUUGGAUUAUGAUUUUCCCGAUUUGCAGUCCCCAUUGUUUUCUGACCCCGAGCCUACUUCGAUGGAUUUCCAAGCUACCAAUAGCUAUGGGACUCACGUAAAUGGAGCUUCUGAUGAGGACAUUGAUACUGAAGAAUUUGUAAACUCAAUCCUUGUUGAUGAUGAAAAUUGUUUCCAUGAAGGGACACCAAAUAGUUCGAUCAAUGAUUUCAACUAUGAGGAAUUGCUCCACUUGGUUAGUCAUCAGGGAUUCAGCGGUGACACUGGCAUGAAUUCAGCUUUCGAUUGGCAGAAUGAUCAUGCUUCUCGCAGCUUGUUGGGUGAACAUACCCGUUCAAGGGUACAAACUCAAAGUAUGCCGAUGAUUAGAAAAUCACGUAGAAGCCCACUCACUUCAAAGAUUCUCAAGUACGGAGGUGAAAAAGUUGUUUCCUCUCCCCGCCCUCGUGAAGAUACACUUCAAAUCAAUUGCAUCUUUUCAUACCACGGUGAUGACUCUGACAAAGAAAGAACAACUUUGAGACCUCAAGGACCUAAAUCCCAUAAGGUUGUAGCCCAAUUGGAGAGGGAAACUCAACUCCGAGUAGUAUCAUCCCAUGACAAGGCAAAACCAGUUCCUAAACGGAUUAAAGUUGUCAAACCAGUCAAAACAUCUAACAAAGAUUCUAUUGAAGACCAAAAAAGUGAAGUUGAGAAUAGUUUAGCCAACCGGAUCAAGUCAACUGGUCGUGGGUGUCUUGAGAGUCGAGUAAAGUGUUCCUCAAGUAUCCUGACUACAAAAUGCAUUCACCACAAAUCAAGUCCAGCAUCAGCUUAUGUUGCCAGAGCAUGUAUAGGCUUCAUUUUGUUCAUCAUGGUUGCAAGACAAGCGCUGCUGUAUGGAAAUUGGUGAUAAAUGUUAGUACCCACGUGGUACAGGUAACAGGUGGUUAUACUCGUACUAGCAAGUUACUAUGUUUCGUAAUGUAUAUGAAGGGAGGUGUCCCGACUCCUAGGCAAUCGAUCAUUCGUAGGCAUCAUCACCAAAUGAGAGAAAAAACGGGACAGAAAUGAGGCAUGACCUUCAUAAAACGUGCCAGUUUGAUUGUUUCUUUUAGUGCCAUGGUUGGAUUCAUGUUGUAUAGGCGAUGGUGUUCUAGUAGUGAUGGCUGAUGGGAAAAUAUUAGAUCAAGUUUUCUGUCUUUUUCUUUCUUUUCCUGUAUUCUGCUGUUGAUGUGGGAGAAGGGCAUCCGCAUCUAUACUGAAAUUUGGUGGCUACUCCAAGAUGCAAAGAGGAGAGAGGAAGAGAUCAAUCUGGUUUCGAAGGUGCACAUCCGACGAGAUGCAAAUGGCGCGGCCCAUGGUAUUGUCCGAAGAGCUAUGGUGUACACUAUGACAGAUGAGUGGAUUUUUUAGUUUUCCAUCUGGUUAAUGGAGUUAGCACGCAUUGUUUA